UCCAAUUUCUCCCUGCAGAAGAUCCACUGUGCAUUCUAUGACUCCAAGCCAACAAAGAGUCACACACAGAGAGGAAGCCCUAAAGACCCAUGGAAAUGUCCAGCCUCCUCUACCUACUUGGUUCCCCUCUGCCUUCUCUGCUGCUGAUUCUGUUCCUUGGCCUCUCUGGAGCCCAAGGCCAGGAGGAGAUCCAGGUGCUGCAGCCUAAGGAUCCCGUGUCUGUGGCAGAGGGAGAGACAGUCACAUUGAACUGCACAAAGCCUGGGGUUCAACUAGCAGGACCAGUGAUAUGGUUCAAGGGGAAAGGGUCCCAGAGACAGGAAAUUUACAAUUUCAAAGGAGGUACCUACCCCCGGAUAAAGAAAACAGUCCCACUUAGCAGCGCCACAGACUUCUCCCUCAGCAUCAGCAACAUCACUCCACAGGACAGUGGCACCUAUUACUGUGUGAAGUUCAAAAGGGGAGCUCCUGACACAGAACUUAAAUCCGGUGGGGGCACCACAUUGUCUGUCCAGGCCAAACCUUCUGUGCCUGUGGUGUCUGGCCCCCAGGAGAGAGUAAACAUUGAGCGCGUAGAGAAUUUCUCCUGUAACUCAGCAGGCUUCUCUCCCAAAGCCAUCACCCUGAAAUGGUUUAAAAAUGGGAAUGAGAUCUCUACCUCCUGGACCAAGAUUUUCCCUGAGGAAGAUAGUGUCUCCUACAGCAUCACCAGCACUGUGCAGGUGGAUCUAGGAGCUGGCGAUGUCCACUCUGAGGUUAUCUGUGAGGUACAUCACAGCACAUUAUCCUCUCCUCUUCGAGGUUUAAAGAAUUUGUCAGAUGUUAUCCGAGUUCCACCUAAAGUGAACAUUUCUUCUCAACUAUUUGCCAUGAAGUACAGCAAUAUCACCUGUCAUAUGAUGAAGUUCUACCCCAAAACUGUGAGUGUCACCUGGAUAGAGAAUGGCACUGAGAUUGUAAAAGAGAAGACAUCUGAACCCACAGAGAACAAAGAUGGCACUUAUAGCCUCAGCACCUCGCUCCUGGUGUCUGGUCAAAAGGAAGCCCAGGAGAUCACUUGUCAAGUGUCACAUGAUUUCCAGCCUCCAAUCAAUUCCAGUAUAAUACUUGCAGCCCCAUCCCUUUUUGGGACUAUGGAUAAAAAAGAAACAAGGCAAGGAGUUUCUGGCCAACUCUUUGUAAUUUUCCUCCUGGGACUGAAAGUGCUACUGUUGUUCAGCAUAUCCUGGCUCUAUGCCCUCAGAAAGCAAAAAAUAAAAGUUUCAGAGGCUGUCCUCUCUGUCCCACAUUCCUCAGCUCCAGCUCCUUAGCUUCAGCUUCCUCUUGCCUUCAUCCAAAGUGCUGAUCUAGGAUUGGAAACCCAAAAAAUAAAGUGUUCCCUACUCUACACCCUCCCCUGAAAAGUAUCCUGCAGUUCUGAGGCACUGUCUCCUCUUUGGAAAGGACAGCUGACCCCAAGUUCUCCUCCGGGAGCCUCUGAUCCAAAAGCUGUGCCUGAGGAAGAGUGUGACAGACAUCAGGCUAGGCUUGGCCUCCUAGUGUUGAUCCACACUCCAGGGCAGAAGGGAAGAGACCACUAAACCCUGAUUUUUUAAGCUUCUACCACUGUUUCUUUCCCAUCAGCAAAAGAGAGAACUAUCCAAUUGCAGAACCCACGUAGCCGUUUUGCAUAGAUACCUAUGGGUUUCUCAGAAUGGCCAUUGCUCCUUAUCUUUCAGUCUUACAUCAGUUUUAUUUCCCAAUAUGAUCUCUCUCUUCCCACCUACCAAAAUAGCCAUCUUUUACAACAAAGAAGAAAAAAGAGGGGGAAAUCCUAGUUCAGCAGAGCUAGCCAAUGCAUAAACCAAAGCUGACAAUAUUUGUAGUGCUUCAUGCCAUACCCACAGUGCCCCGACCUCUGCAAAGAAUGGAGGGAGGUACUUUCUCAUAUCAUCUCUUCAAGGCCAAGUUCGAGCAUUGUUAUACAGCAUUCAUUUGCAGUCCAUUGUUAUUGCAUACUCCAUUUAUAUUGGUGUAGUCAUUAUGUAUAUCUGAUUAAUUCUGUAAGUCUUUCCAUCCUUCACUGUAUAGUUCACAUCCUUUGUUUUUCACAUUGCAGAAAUACCAUUACAUUUAUGUACAACAAUUU